AUGCAGUCUAAGGUUUUUUUAUUUUGAAUAAAAUUUAAAGUCACUAAUUUCUAUGAAAUUAAACAUUUAACUAGCCUUUGACCGAGUGAUUCGAGUGCCCCAGAGCCAGCCGCCCGCCCCCCGACCGCCCAAGCAACGCGGGCAACCCAAGGAGAGCCCCAAAAGAUCGGAAGAAGUUAAUCGGAAGACGGCGUGCCGCAAACCACAGAAGAGAGCGAGGUGCAUGCAGCACGUUGUAAUUAGGUUAGCCAUACAGCAGCACCACAUAACAUCAUAACAUGGCACAGCAGCAGGGCAUGGACUCGGCCUUGUUCGAGCGGCGACUGCGGCCGGUCUACGACAAUCUGGAGGUUGGCAACAACCGCAAGGCCCUGCAGGAGUCCGAGAAGCUGCUGCGUAAACAUCCCACCCUGCUCUGCGCCCGUGCCCUGAAGGGACUAUCCCUCCUCCGGCUGGGACGCUACGACGAGAGCCACGGAUGCCUCCAGACCGUCGCCGAGGAGAAGCCCACGGAUGACUCCACGUUGCAGGUGCUAUCCUUCUGCUACCGCGAAAUGGAACAACUGGACAAAAUUGUGGAGCUGUACCAGCACGCGGUCAAGCAGAAUCCGGGCAACGAGGAGCUGCUCGCCCACCUCUUCAUCUCGCAUGUGCGGGUGGAGGACUACAAGGCGCAGCAGGCUGUGGCCCUGCAACUGUACAAGGCUCAGCCGAAGAAUGCCUACUACUUUUGGUCCGUGAUCAGCGUAGUCUUCCAGGGAAUUCGGGGUCCGGAGUCGGCGCUGCCCGAGAAGCGGAAAAUCUAUCUGGGACUGGCGCAGCGCAUGGUCGACAAGCACAUCAAGGAGGGCAAGUUGGAGACGGAGCAAGAGGCCUUCCUUUAUCUGCACAUCCUCAAGCUACAAAACAAGUACCAGGAGGCGUGGGAAUUCCUCACUGGCGAGUUGUGCGCCAAGCUCUAUCCGGGUGCUCCAGUCAGCAUGAAGUUCGAGCUACUCAAGGAACUGGGUAACUGGCGGGAACUGAAUGAGCUGUUGCAGCAGCUCCUUGACGCAGAUCGCGAUCGGUGGGACUUUUACAAGGAGUACAUCCAAAGUUCGUUCGAGUUGCUUAAACUUUCCCCUCAAACUGAGGAGAACGGGGAAAGGGAUUCAUUGGCCAGAUGUCAGGAAUUCCUCCAGGGCAUCAUAGAUUCCUCGGAGCGGAAGAAACGGGGUCCCUAUCUGGCGCGUUUAGAGCUCCACCAGCGCAUGCGAGCAGACCAACUGCCAGCGGAGAAGCUCAUCGGUGACUUUGACGAAAUGGUCAUUGAGUAUUUCCGUCUGUUUGGCGACAAAUCAUGCUGCACCCAUGAUAUCGCUUUGUUCUUGCCUUCGAUUAGCAUGAAGCAGCGGCAGGCACUGGCCAGCAAGCUGCUGCUGGAAAGCGGAGUCACCUCCACGUCGCUUCCGAAGAAUAAAGAGCAGUUGCAAAAGCAUCUGUGUGCUCUGCAAAUCUCUCGGAUGUGCGGCUCUCACAUGGAGCUGCCCGUGGACCACCUUCUUGCCUUUUAUACGGCCCUCAAGCUGCACUACGAGCACGGACGAAGUACUUUCGGCAAGAAGCUGCUGGCCACGGAGAUGGGACCAUCGGAUGCAUACGCCUUGCUGGCAGCAAAUGUGAUGUACGACCUGAGUAGACGAGAGAACAAGUCGGAUCACCUGUUCGAGGCGCUGUGCCUGCUGCAGUACGUGCUGCGAAACAGUACGAGUAACUUCCACGUGAAACUGCUGAGUCUGAAGAUCUACCAUCUGUUCGGCUGCCAGGUGGGUGCCCAGGAGAUGUAUGAGUACCUGGACAUCAAGCAGAUCCAACUGGACUCGAUGGGCUAUGUGCACUGCCAGCUGCUGCCCCUGGGCGGUCGCUUCUCGGGUACCCGGAAUGUAUACGAUGCCACUCUGAAGUUCUUCACCAACAGCUACAAGGAGCGGUUAGAGUAUAUUGCUUUGACCUAUCGCUUCUGCACGUUUUCCAAGAUGGAGGAGUUCAUGAACUUCAAGGAGCGGUUGACCAACAGUUUGCAGUACGUGGCCUGUUCGGUGGAGGCGCAGAUUUGCGACCUGGUCAGUUGUUAUGGCAAUAUCCAGCAGAAUCUGACGGCAUAUGCCGCCAUGAGCAUUGAGCCGGCGGAGGAUCGGAUUGCCUGGCAUGAAUUGAGCGACAAUCGUGACUUGGAGGCCGUCAUCCGCUGGGAUCCUCUGCACGAGGUAAAUGCUGCGGAGGAGCGCAAGGAGUCCUUCGACCAGGAAGUUGAGGUUCUUCAAGUUCGCUCGCUGAUGCUCCGAUUGUUUGCCUCUUUUGUUGACCUGUAUCAUGGCCCCAGCUCGAAAGAAUCGCCAGCGGGCGAGGAAGCUGCCACCCUGGAACUUCUGCGGGAGUCCUGGACGGGAUUAUUCCAGCGAUUACGUCUCAUGAACUACAAGCCGUUGGCGCAAAAGUUUCUAGUCAACCUGCUGCCCACACGACUUCACCUGCUGCUCGAUCUGCCAUACGAACGAUUCUUCGACGACCUGGCCCAGUUGGUCCUGGACCUGCAAAGCGGAUCUGGAAAGCUGGCCGAGCAGUGUAAGCGGGUGGGUGACAACGUCAUUACGGUAAUGGAGCUGUGCGUGCAGACCAUCAACGAGAGCAACGAGUGGAACGGCAUGGAUGGUCUUUGGAAGCGACGGGGCCAGCAGCAGAAAGUGGCUGCCAGCCUGGAGAUGUUAUCCCUCUAUGCCUUCCUGCUGUCCGUGCUAAACGACAAGCUGCAGGUCAGCUCAAAGGCCAAGACCAAGAAGAGGCCGGUGGACAACAAGGUGGAUGGACCCCAACCGAUCAGCGAGAAGGAGCGAAGUCAGAUGCUGCAGGAGCUGAUGCGACAGCUUAAGCACAAGCUAGAGGCCUGCGAUGCGGCCAUACGCACCUGGAAGGCGCCAGUGCUGCCGCGUGACCUCAGCUCCUUCAUGUCCGACAUGUCGCUAAAGCCAGAAGUGGAGGCCACGCUCAUCGGCGACGUCUCGGCCACCUUCAAGGACUCCCACGAGCUGAUGGUCACCGAGCUACGCAAUCUACUAAAGGACAAGAUACGCAUGGUAGCCAAGUAGAUGCCUCUUUGCUGUGCAAAGGCCAUCAGCCAGUCCGGCCAUCGUUGCCCCAAUCACGAUCCAAGUUCAUAGUUUGUUAUUUAAUUUUGUUAACGAAUACAACCGACCUCCUACUCCAACUGCACUACAAUUAUCUUGAACUAAAGAGCCAAGUCAGCACUUUUCAAUCAAUUUUCGGCAUUUCCCUCGUACAACAAAUAAAAAGUUGUAAAAUUUGUGAAACAAAAAUUAAAAAAAGGACAAAACAAAGAAAAAUGAUUGCGUACCGCUUGCAAGUAAGUUAAAUAAAAGAAGAAAUUGUAAAAAAUGUA